AUGUCACCAUCACCACACGUAGUACCAAUCGCAGAUUCGACCUCUGUUUUCAAACCAGAUCUUUUCAAAGGGAAAGUCCUAUUUUGCACUGGUGGAGGUUCUGGUAUAUGUCGUGGAAUGACAGAAGCAAUGAUGCGCCAUGGUGCGAACGCAACCAUCGUUGGGAGGAAGCUCGAACGUUUGACCCAGGCUGCCAAAGAGCUCUCAGAGGCUACUGGUCAAGAAUGCAUAGCUGCACAAGGAGAUGUUAGACAACCCUCCACCUUAAAAGAAGCAGUCGCCAAAACUAUUGCAAAGUUCGGAAGAAUUGACUACGUCAUCAACGGUGCUGCUGGAAAUUUCUUGGUUCCUAUUUCUGAAAUGUCAGAGAACGCGUUCAAGACUGUCAUGGAAAUUGAUACCAUCGGAACUUUCAACACAAUUAAAGCAACUCUCGCUCACAUUCGUGCUUCGAAGGGUGCUUACAUUCACGUUAGCGCUACUCUUCACUACAACGGCACACCCUACCAAGCUCACGUCUCCGCUGCGAAAGCCGGCGUAGAUGCUUUGUCCGCCGUAUUGGCAGUCGAAGAAGGUCCUAAUGGUGUCCGCUCUAAUGUGAUAGCACCAGGGCCUAUUGCUGGUACCGAAGGCAUGGAUCGUCUGUCACCAAAAGGAGACGUUCCCAACCAGCCUGGUCUUCCAGCCGGUCGUAUGGGUGUGGUAGGCGACAUUGGAAACGCCACUGUUUUCUUAUUCAGCGACGCCGCUGCUUUUAUUACUGGUCAAGCUCUCGCUGUAGACGGCGGUGCUUUGCAUCUCCAGUCGACGUUCCUUCCCUACCCUCAAUCCGUGAUUGAUCCUCAACGCUUUGCUCAUCUUAUCAAACCCAGACUAUAA